CGCUUCUCUCAGCAGCACUGGAAACCACUGCUACAGCAUAGGAGUCAUACCAAGCAUAGCCUGCGUGUCAGUGCAGUCGACUUACAGCUGGCUGUGAGGACAACUGACGCUACUUUUUCGCUUAUUUUUCUACGCUCUUUAUUGUCGCAAUACGUCAGCUCAUAUUUAAGAGGGGGAACAAAAAAAAAAUAAAUACCGCGAACCCAUUUAAACAACAGCGAGGCCACUUUUUUUUUGUUGUUGUUUUGUUAACGGUUUUUUAAGAGAAGUAAAGUUGGAGGCUGGGCCUUUAGCUUUCUGACCGUCGCUUGAAAGAAGGAGAAAAAGCUGGUCUUUUUUUGUUGUUGUUGUUUUAAAUGAAAGCUCGAUAAAUGCAUCUAACGAAGAUGGACCUGUUGAACUACCAGUACCUGGACAAAAUGAACAACAACAUCGGUAUCCUCUGCUACGAAGGUGAGGCAGCAUUAAGAGGGGACCCCAGAUUCCAGUCCUUGUCGCUAUCCUCGUCUUCCUCCUCGUCAUCCUCUUCUUCCUCAAUCUCCAGCCACAGGACUGGCCCUCCUCCCAUCAGCCCCACCAAGAGGAAGCUCAGUGGGGACCAGGGGGACAGUGACAUGGAUGACAAUGAGCACGUAGCUAAGAUGAGUCGCCUGUUUGUUGCACAGCUGAAACCGACAGACUACCGCAACUCCCCUGUUGUGAAGGACCAUCGGCGGAGUCCCAGCGAGCGCAUUGUGGUUCCUGGUCAUCUGGGGGUCCAAGCCAACCACCUGUAUGGCCACAGCCACCACCACCACCUGGCCUCGUUAGCAGGCAUGGACCAGCCUUUGGCGCUUACCAAAAACAGCAUGGUGGAGACGCCACGCAGCAGCACAGCAGCUAUGGCCUCGGUGCCGCACACAGUCAGCACAGUGGAACGGCAGCAGAAUCGUCCAUCAGUGAUCACGUGUGCUGCAGCCAACAAUCGCAACUGUAACCUGUCACAGUGUCCCGUCUCCCACAACGGCUGCUCCAACUUCACCAACAACUACAGAAGAAUCAACACCAACACGGCCUGCGACCCUGUCAUCGAGGAACAUUUCCGUCGCAGCCUUGGGAAGAACUACAAGGAGCCCGAGCCCACCGCCACCAACUCUGUGUCCAUCACUGGCUCUGUGGACGACCACUUCGCCAAGGCGCUGGGCGAGACCUGGCUGCAGAUCAAAAACAAGGGGAGUCCCUCGUCGUCCGGCAGCAGCCCAAACUCCUCUCCCGACAGUCGCAUGGUCAAUCACAACCACUCCCCUUCUGUGGUCUCUUGAAGGCAGAGAGGAUCCCCCCCCUUCUCAUCCAAUCAUCUCAGCUCCAAGGUCCAUGCUCCUGCCAUUUUGGUCUGUCACCAGCUCCCAAGAGGGACUGCCUGCCUGCUGGUCUGCUAAAAACAGCCAAAACCCUCAAGCCUGCUCAGUCACUGUGGAUCACUCAAGCAAUAAAGACAUGCUCACCUCCCUUCCAUUAUCUGGCACUGCCGGACAAAAAUCAGUUCUGACUGAGGAAGAUUCAAAAGUGGAACAUGACUGGUGCAUCAGCUUGCUCCUUCCAGUUUUUCAUCAUCCCUGCAUUGUUGGCUUGGAGCUGAGCAAGUGUUUGUAGUUUUAUGUACAUAAGAAGAGGAAAGACUGUUUUAAUUAUUCACUUUCUUCUUUGUUUUUUUGUCUGUUUUGCUAACAAUAGUUCUGUAAGCUGAUUCUGUUCUGACAUGCCUGGCCUUUUGAAUGAAAAAUGAGAAACACACCUUAGAACGCAAUCACAGUCCACUUUACCAUGCUACCAAAGAAACCUCAACCCCUGUUAUUCAGUGCCCACCUUGAAAAGCACACACACACACACAGCCCCUCCCCUACACUUCACCUGUCUGCUGUACGGGAGCUCUGGUUGUUCGGCUGUUGUAUAUGACCUUAGAUGAUCGACUCAGUCUGAUUUGCACUACUGCUUAAAAAGGUAUGGGUGGCAUGUCAGGGUUGUAAUCUGACUCUGAACACACUGGGGCUUAAAAAGUGUAUUUUGAUGCAAUCACAUCUUAUCUCACGUGUUGGAGCCCUGCAUUGAUUUCCUAAUAACUCCCGUUUAAAGUAUACCUGAGAUUAGUUGACUUCAAUAUGUGUGUGCAAAGUCUUGCAUGCAUUGUCAUUUGUACAAAUGCAAACACACUCCAGUUAGGUUGGGCAGUAGAAGCAUGUUUGGUCACCUGCUACAAAGUGCUUUAGAUAGACCAUGGGACUUUGUUUGGACAGAUGUUAAUUAAAAGCAGUAAAGGGAAGGUGUCUGUUGCUGUCUUGAAGCCAGGCUUCUGAUCUGUGAUCAGUCUCCAGCAGCACCUACCUGCAGAAUGUCUGUCCACAUCGUGAACUCUCUGAAGGCAGGAUGGGGUUUUAACAGACUAAGUGUGGGAAAGUCCAGAAAUGUAUCAGCAUCAAAGUGUCAUCAUAGAAACUACUCUGAGCUUCCCUCUAAUCUAAGCACUUCUCAGGUGAAUUUAUGUUCCAGCGUAUUUUACAACUUCAUGAUGUUGUCUAAGAUUACAUUUUAAAAGUGUGAGAACAAAGGAUUGAAGAAUUAGCAAGAUGGAAAUCAAUGCCGGUAAUUCUAAUUUAUGGAGGGAAAGUUAAACAUUCAAAUUACAAACUUUCUAUUGCCCAGUUCAACUUUAAAAGUGCGUAUUGAAUAUGAGAUCCAGAUAUGGGGUGGAAGUAACAUUGCCCCUUAGAACUACCCCCCUGACAUCCCUUAAGUUAAAUUUGAAUGACAAUUUCUAUCAAAUGAACAAAACCAGAAUUUGUUUUCUUUCAACAUCCGACCUGAACGUUGGGCUCCACUGAACCGUCUACUUUGAUGUGUUUCAAAGGCGUUAACUGCUGACACUGAUUAGGGGAUAGAUGACGCUGCACGUCACUUUGUGGUUUCCGAAAAGAAAAGAGGUGGGGGGGAACACGGCCUGGUUUUCUGAUUGGGGGGAGAAAGGAUUAUCAUAAUCUCUUCAAAGACACCUUUUGUUUAUGUGACUCUUUCUAACACCGGUGUUAGAAUUAUACUUGGCUAACACCCUGCUAUCUUUGUGCCCCCUCAUACAGACUGUGGUUUAAUAAUUUCUAAGGUUUUAAAGGUAAAUUAAUGCUUUUACAGGUGCAUGUAUUUUUGUUUUAUUUUUAAAUAGCUGGUAUCUAUUAGGGUUUUUAGCAUUUCAAGCUUAACUAUUAACCUUUUUUUUUUCAUUGAGACGUUUGUUGUUACUUCUUUUGUUGUCAGUAACAGAGAUAGACACUAUACACUCACUGCUGGGUCAGUUGUACUCCAUGUUAUUAUUAUACUUUUGUAUUGUUUUUGUUUGUUUUCCAUUAAUAUUAGUAUGGUAACAAGCAUCUAUAGUGGGGCGGUCUCCGGACAGGCUCUGUUAGGUGAUGACGGCUUCUUCUCUCAAAACCUUCUGGCACGACGACGUCUGACGUCAUCGUGUUGGGCUGGCUCUGUGUUCUGCUGUUGGUUUGGGUUUUAAUCAGAUGUUGAUCCAUCGCUGGUACAGGAUGCUACAAACUUCAGUGUGAGACACCAAGUCGAUCCAAACUGUCAGGUUUUCAUCAGAAGCAUCUUAGCCUAACUUUUGUUACACCCACAGAGUCUACCUGAGUACUAGGUAGUCUCAAAGGCUUGAAUACAUUUGUAUUCUCUAAAAACGUAUCGUCUUCAUUUUAUUGACAGUUAAAUACAUAUUGGAAUUGGAGAACUAAACAGAUGGCAAACUAGCUUUUUAACUAACAGCUCUUUUAACCUCCCUCACCUGACAUUUUAUGCUUUGAUUUGGUGUUUAGUGCUUUCUUUUCUCAAGAAUGGCUUUGUUUCGCUCUUCAGCCUAAAUACAUUAUAUUUUGUAGUACAACCUGCCCCACGGUGGCAUACAUUCCUCCAGUUGGAAAUUUUUACAGGCCUCAAGCAUCUUUAACAGUAGCCAGUAUUCCCUCCAUGCAGCUUUCUUUUAUCCAGCAGAUUUGUUUCAGACAAAAGGAACAAACUUACUUGGGGUGCCAUAUCAUUUUCAGCAACAUUUAGAGCUUUUGUUUGAGAGACCUAGACUUGUAGUAGUGGUAUGGAGAAUCAUUUCAUGUCACUGAGCUUUGAGUUUAUAGAUGAGGUUUAUUAUUGUUUGCUGUUAAGCAGUCGGUAGAGAGUAUGGUGAUCCUACAAGGUUCCAAAGAUGGAAGGUGUUCUCUGGACUGUCCACACAUUCCAUCAUCAGCUGUCAAACCAGAUGGGACGAAACAGAAAUCCAGAAAGAUUUCAUGAAAGGAAAACAGUUUUACAAGUUUUCUGUGACUAGUAAGGUGUGGCAGGCAGGAUGGGGUGGCGAAGACUGAGCUGCAGGAGCUGUGCUUUUGUUAGCGCAAGCUGUGAGUCACAAGACAUUCAUUUGGCUCUUAAGAGACUACGGUGCUGUAAAAAUGUGAGUCCCCCUACAGAUUUCUUUGUCAGAUUUUUAAUAUCACAUGAAUAUUACCAGGGAAUUUAUAAAAACAAUCUUUGGAUGAUUUUAUUUAUGCUUAAGGUAAAACAAGAAGAAGCUAACCCUUCCCUUCUGUCAAAAGGUAAUCACUCUCAACCAGAGUGCAAACCACCUUGAAUGGCAACAACUGACUCAUUUACAAUGCUAUAGAAAUAACUUGAUUAUUUUUCUUUUAAUUUGGCCACAUUGAUGACUCCAUGCAGGAAUGGCCUAAUAAGUCAUACUAAAUCUCAGUUGGAUUGAAAUCCAAACUUUGAACGUUGGGCUAAUUUUUAACUCUGAUCUUUGACUGAGCCAUCUCGGUACACUUUAAGUGAUUGAGGAUAGUAAAAUUGAACAUUUUACAUUUACUCCUGUUUUGUUUAUCUGAUAUUAGAAUUGGUUUGUUCUAGAAUAUUUAACUGUGGCAGAAACGGAAGAAGUCUGUAAAGGGUUAAAUAGUUUUACACAGCACUGUACUUUAUUUAGAGUCUCACGGCAACGCCUCUCCAUAUAAAUCGACUGUAGCGAGUGCCUUGCUAGAAAACAUGAGGGAAAGAGGCUAGAAGUCCAGAGGAUUUUAAUUUCUAUCAUUUACUUAUCAUUUCACUACCACCCUGUAGGCAGGAGGCGAGAGCUAUGCUUUGGCAUGCACUCCCUACACACUGUAGGAAAAUCACUUAAAAUACUUUUUUUUUAUAUUAGGUAUCUAUAAGACCAUCAUUACGCUGUGCGUAACGAAUGUACAGAGAAAAAAAAUCGUAGGUAUUUUUUUGAGGAACAAUUAAUUUGUUAAUGAUAUGUAGCUAUUUAAUUGUUUUUUUCUGUCCUUAUAUUGUAAUCAUUGCAUUUUCUUUUUUUGUGUGAAAAAAGUUGAUCUUUUUUUUGUCAGUAGAGUUUUGUUUGUCUGGAGUGAAGGUUCAAGUGCAGGAACACAGUAAACGUAUGAAACCACAUUAGGCCACACAGAUGUGUCAUCGACAAUCGCUACUUCCACUCAGACCCGUUCGUCUACAUUCAUCAGAAAUCUGAGACAUUUGAACAAAAACUUAACUUGGAACUCAUUUUUUUUCUCUCUUGCAUUGACAGAAUGAUUACCAUUAAAGUGCAAAAACAAAAGUUACUGGCAGGUACAUCUAAAUUGCAUGUAAGUCUUGCUCUAUGGAUAGAGAUUGAAUCACAUUUGAAUCCUUUAUUUUGAUCCAGGGCAUUUUUUCCCCCCAAUGAUUUUAGGGGUAAACUAGCUGUGAACCCACCACCACAGUUUCCACCUUUAGUAAAUCUUUUAUCAAGUUGUACAUUCAGCUGACAAAUCAAAGAGGAGUUGGUCUUCACUCUGCUCCACAUGUUCCAUGUCUGAUUUUUGAAGUGGAAGUAGCAUGUACUUAGUGGUAGUAGUACUCUGAACUGUAAAAUAUAAUGUAUCAAAAAUCAACAAAUUCUGUGGCUCUGUGUCUCCUACUCAAAAGGUUUUGGCAGGCCACCUUUUUUGUACGUAAAGUAGCCUUGAUGAACAAUAAAGUGCUUUUAAACCACA